UCUUGAAUUUUAUCUUUUUUUUCAGUUUUGGGUGUGGAUUGUCAGGCGUAUAUUGAUCAUCAUGGCAAGGCACAACCAGCUAAAUCCUGUCCUUAUUUCUGCUGUGGACACUGCAUGCUCCAGUACUGUUGCUCUAAUGCAUUCUUAAAAUUUGAUGAACAACGACAGCUUCAGUGUAAUCUGCUUGAUGGAAGUUUUGGAACCCUUGCUGCUAUUGGAGUUGCUGUUUGUGCGGUGAUUAUAAUUACUAUUAUUCUGUGCCUCACCUGUUCAUGUUGCUGUUUGUAUAAAGCCUGUCGAAGACCAAGGCCUGUUGUGACCACUACUUCCACUACAGUGGUUCAUCCUCCCUAUCCCCAACAACAGGGAGCAUCACCCAAUUACCAAGUAGCCCCCUAUCAAGGAUAUCAGCCUGUGGCUAUCCCACCACAACCCGGAAUGCCAGUAGCACCAUACCCUGCACAGUAUCCUCCCCCUUACCCCGUGCAGCCGUCAGGACCCCCGGCUUAUUGUGAAACAGUGGCAGCUGGUGCUGGAGCACCUUACCCAAUCAGCCAGCCCCCUUACAACCCUGCUUAUGUGGAUCCUCAGAAGCUCACCUAUUGAGAAGGUCAUCUACUCUCUUCUGCAUGCAAAACUCUUAAAAGUAUAAUUCGUGCUGUUUACACCGUGCAACUGUCGUAUGUUUUCCUGGAAGACAGCAAUCCUUUGUCUCAGUAAAGUGAAUGUUAAUUCUGUAUCUUUUUUUUAAAUGCUUCAAGUAUGAGGCAGUAUUAUUUCUCUUGCAGAAGUUGUUAUUUUAUACCUCAAACACAAAAAGAGAUUUUGUUCUGUAUACAAUGGGGAAAGCGUGAAGGAAGAGAACUUCAGAAAUAAGAACCAUGAUAACAUUUGCUGUGCAAUACUUUUGAAAGGAGUGGUCUAAUACGAGCAUUAUCAAACCCCAAAGCUGAAGCACUUUUGCACGGUAUUAAAAUAUAAAAACUUAAUCUCUUGAGAAGCUACCUGAUAUCUGUUACAUAUGUCCUGCCUGUUUUGAAGCUAUUGUUGUUAGGUAAGAUACCAUGUAAUACUUUUCCCAUUCAAAAGGGAGUGUUCCUCUUUUGAAACACAAUUUCCUUCUGUAACCCAUAGCAAACCACCUGUAAUUCUGUGGCCUAGUUUCAUUUUGCUGUGAUAAAUAGCAUGAGUUGAUGAUUUCCUUGUUUUCUUUCUGAAUUUUAAGGCUUAAAAACUGUGCCUUCACUGGGCGUUUUUCUCAGGCCAUUUUAAUUUAGUGCUAGAAAUUAACAACAAAACCAAACUACCUGCCACUUAGUAGAAAAAGUAGAUCAAAAGCUGACAACCUGAGACUUCUUCAUUAAAAUUAUUGGAUGAGUAUUUGUUGGAUGUCAAAGUAUUAUUGGACAAGGUUACUUGUCAUCUGUUGUUGAUGAGUUUGGAAGACAAAUUAGCUCCUUAAUAAUAUGCUAAACAGAAGUACCUGCCAGUGUUUAGUACUGCCUCAUCGUAACGGAGGAAUUUAUUUUACAGGUGUUUUUAAAUGCUUGGGGCUUGUCACUGACUGUCUCUAGUGGGAACUGCAGAUGGCAGGAACCUCAGAAUGACAGAUCUGCAUUUGAAUAAUAAUGGGAAAGGAGGGUAAGAAAUCCCAGUCCAGCACACAGUAGAAAUUAAACCUCCAUUUUGACUUCACCAUUCUCAUAAAGCUGAGCAGAAAAUAAGAAGUCAAGGAAAUGGAAGAGUGGUGGGACCUUGCCACAACGAGGUUAACAUUUUCAAGAAGGUGAUGCUUGCAGUUAUGAAAUGUCUUGAGGCAUCCUUAUGACUAUUACUAGUGGUUGCAAGGCUUUUGGUUCUAUGCACCUUGUAUUGAUCAAAUGAAUCAUGAUUUCUUUUUAGUGUCCUCUACAAUUUUAUCUUUUCUAACAUUGGAACACAAGUUGUUAUUCCUCAGUAGAGCUGUCUGGCCCGUUGUAUGUAUCCCUAUGACAUAAUUAGUAAAAUAACUUUGAUCUAUCUCAGACACUGACUUUUAUUUUUUUAGAGGCUGUUGAGCCAUUUGUCCUGUGGUUCUACAUUUGGGGUAUAUUACUGCUUGAAAAUCAUCAAUGGUGGUGUUGCUUUACCUCAUACGAUGAAUGAAAACUGCUGCAGUCAAAGGCAGCUUUAUUUCUCUUCCUGAUUUUUGAAGUCUGUUUCUGGGUUAUUCCAGUUCUGUUUUUCUAGAAAGUCUUCAGGGCAUUUCAGAAGAAACUUGUAGAAAGCUUUUAGCAUUGGGAUUCUUGAAAGCCUGUGUCCCCUGUUGAGUGUUGAAGUUAAUAGCUUGAAAUGGUGCCAGGAGGCACUUGCAGAGCAUGCAUGCCCUUUAUCAGUGUGUUCCUCCUCUUUCUUCCCUCAUGAGAAACUGGGUGAUGCUUCAGUACACUGUUUGAAGUUAUGUGAGAAGCAGAAAUGCACAGUGUCUCCUAUAUGGGGGAUUAAGAGUUUCCCUAGAAAUCUGGAAUUUUUAUGUGUGGGAGGGCACUGAAUAACUGCAGAAACAAUUCCCUUGCUAGAUCAUACCCCUGCGUGUCUAUUCCUAUAGAAGGAGGGCAGAGACCAUUCCAGCACCUUUGUUAGCCAGCUGCCUGGAUGAAGUUUGGCCAGAGAGCACAGCUGCCACGUAGCUCUUGGAGCACAGGUACAAUGUUCUAGUGUUUGGCUUCAUGAGAUAGUUACUCCACACUGCUCUUCCUUUCCUCCAGAUGAUGUGAAAAGCAUGCAGUUCGUGGCAGUGUAAAUAAGGUUUUUUUUUCGUUAUGAAAAAAAAAUCUGCAAUGUCAUGAGAAAUUGGCUCAGCCAUCUGCCACCAUCCCUAAGAAAGAGAGAGGAGGAAAGUAAAGUGGCAACAGUAAUAGAGGUCCCUGAAUCUAAAGUUUUGGUGUACAUGUUGUACAGACCAAAUCAAUCGCCUUGAGCACCACUGUAUGUGGAGUGGUGGGAGGGGAUGAGGUGAAGUAGCCUGAAAAAUUUACACCUUUAGUGAACACAUGCUAAUGAAAACUACAUGCAGGUGAAGAGAUGAAUUGUUAAUAUACAAGGAACUACCAGUUACAAAAUUUGUUGAAAUAAGAGAAAAUAGUCCACUUAACUCAUAAUUGGAGCACUUUGUCAGUUCUUUCCUUACUGUUAGUGUAUUAAUCAUCAUUAACAAUAAGGGAUAAACCCAAAUUUUAUGUAGUUGUUGCUAUGCAUCCUGUUUAAACUUGUUUUCAUACAGUUAAGAGAAUAAGAUGGUUAUAGAAAAGAUGGAGAAGUUGAUCCAUAAACUUUUAGUUUAAGCACUACUGAUGUAUCAGUCCAUGUAGCUAUUGCUUUCAUGUCAGACUAGUUAUCCAUAGUGCCAUAGAGGAGGGGGAACGGAAUUAAGAUGUUCUAUGUUGAAAGAGUAUAUGUGGGGGUUUUGUAUAUUUGGGUUUUUUUUUUAUUUUUGUUUUUCUUUGGGGGGGGUAAUUCUUUAAGUGCCUUUGUUUCAGAACUGCUUUGUGAAAUUAAAUACAGUAAUUACGUUGUACUGAAUUUACUAGAUAAUCACUGUUGAUUCUGUUACAUACUGUAACCUAGCUUUGUAUUUUGUUUGUAGUUUAAAAGUAAGUUUUCAAAAGUAAUGGCAUAAACUCUAUAUGCCUUUGUAAUAAAUGCAGUCUUUUAAGUAUA